GACUUUUAAAAGCGAAAGUUCGGGCUCAUGAAGAAGGCUUACGAACUCAGCGUCUUGUGCAACUGCGAGAUUGCGCUAAUCAUUUUUAACACCACCAACAAACUGUUUCAGUACGCAAGCACAGACAUGGAUAAGAUACUGUUGAAGUACACUGAAUACAACGAACCUCAUGAAAGCAGAACCAACAGUGACAUUAUGGAAGCGAUAUUUAAGAAAGAACACAAGAGCACAAUGAAUGAAUGCAGCAGUCCUGAUAAUGACGUUGAUGACUUCUUCCUUCCUUCACAAAGGGAAGAGACGUAUCCUCGCAGUAUACACCAAAAUGAAACUAGACAGCAACAAAUGAAUGUGAACCAUUUGGUUGGACUCCAGUCUCUUACAGUACCAAUUAAUCAAUCGGUAUACGACACAAACAGUGCUGGCCAAGUCAUGCAGCUAUCACCACAGGUGUCGCCACCCGUACCUCUUAGCCGCCAUCUUAGUCCUACAGGAAACAUGUCAGAAGUUCCUCCGAUAAAUCCUCAAGGUUAUCAUCAUCAUUCGCAAGAAAACAACGCGACCUUGGGAAACAGAUCAUCUAGUGGGCUAGCCAUAAAACAACAAGGAUCUCUCAGUAGGCAACAUCUUUCCCAUUCUCAGAAUGAAUAUAGGCCCAAUGGUCAGUUAGUGGUAUCUCAUGCCAACAGCAGAGCAAAUAACACAAUGUCGCCCAACAUGAUUCAUUCCCCAGUGAUGACAUCGCCACAUAUGCGAAGUAUUAGCAAUUAUUCUCAGUCCAAUGGAGUUUCCUCUUCUUUCCAAACAGAUGAUUUCCAGCUCAGUACCGAGUUGAACCUCUCGGGUUACCCUACAUCAAGUCCGCUCACCAGCUGGUCGGCAGGUGAUCAAAGACUGUUGUUGCCGGUAGCUAUCACCAGGAGUUCUCACCCGGUUGCCAACGGGUCACAUCAGCUUUCCGCUACCCCACCACCUUCGUCUAACUCGCCGCAUCAAGUGAGAAUCAAAAUGGAGCCUGUCUCUCCCUCUCGUGAUAUCUCUCACUUGAGACCUUCCUCAAUACCAGAACACUUUCUACUGGGGGAACAUCUGAGGGAGCAUCUUCCAAGGUCAUCUCCUGGCUGUAGAGAGCUCGAAUUGAAACGGUCACGUCUUUCCGUAGACGUGUGGGCUACAUAGUUCUUAAGAAAAUACUCUAAUGGCCAAACGCAAGAGGUACUGACCACUCUUGAGUCUGCAGCAAUUUUCCAUUGUUAGCGGUAACCUUGAUGACCAAAAUAAGCGGCUGUAAUUAACGAAGAAGUUUGUUGUUGUUUUUUUGGUGGCGGUAAUUCACUAGAUAGUUGUUAAAACUAGCUAGUAAAUCAACAUUAAUUUGAAGACGCUUGUUAGGUAAUCAUAAACAGGUCUGGUGUAUUAGAUACUAACUGUUUGAAAACAGUAUUGUAUCUUAUGUAAUGCUUGAAAAAUACAGAAGACAAAAUGUCCAUAGUGAUUCUACCGGUAUGUGUUAAUCAGUAUCUUUAAUGUCACAGUAGUGUCUGAUUUACGAAACGAAAGAGAAAAAAAAGUGACAAUUUUUUUUCGAAACUCUGAGAAAGUGGCGUCAAGGUCACUUGCACCGAAUGAAGGUCAAAGUGUUUAUGCUCUGAAUCCAACUGCUUAGCCAGUGAUGCUGACUGAAAGGAACGUCUGGAAAACCAAACGUUUUAACUAAGUUUGUUGAUUUUUCUGUUAAACAGAAAAUAAUGUUGUGUAUUAGUCGAUUAUAAAGUUAACCACGUGAUUCAUGUGUAAAUUAAAAAUGAUUCUAGAGUGACUAAUAUAUUUAAAAGUGUAUGAAAGAAGAAAAAUGCCUUAUUGAUUAACAUCUCGUUAUUUAGUUUCAGAUGGCACUGUUGUGUAAAGAUGGCACGUGAGUGUAAAGAUGGCACGUAUGUGUAUUUAUUCAUAUCACGUAUGUUUAUGCAUGUUAGUAUACAAAACAUUGUACUGGGUUUCGAUUCUCACUUUAUUAAGACGUAUUUCGGAUCGUCUUUUAUUUUUGUUAAAGAGUUAUAGCACUUAACGGAAGGUCUCUGGGACGGUGACCUGUGAUAAACAUAAUAUUAACAUUUGCUGAUAACUGUUUGUGCAGUUGUUUGUUUAGUGCACGAGCUUGUAAGCCAUACGAAAAUAAAAACAUAAAACAAUUAGUUAGAAAUAUAAAG